AUCAAGUGAUAGGGAUGGGGGUGUCAGAGCAGGUGCGUGAGCGUGCCUAGGGGGUGCUGUGAGGGUCCUGGAGAGAUUUCCCCACUAAGCCUCGCUGCUUUGGUCUGGAGUCAUCCCCUGCCAUCGCUGAAAGAAGCCUCCCGCCAAGGCGAUCGCAGGGAGGAACCUCCCUGGGACGCGCGCCUCUUCUCCCCCAACACCAACCCCCUCAGCGCGCUCGGAGGUCUGAGCACAGCGCGCGCACCCAGGCUCCCCCCGCCCGUGCCCGCGGGGCGGGGCCGCAGUCAGGCUCCCCAGGCGCCGUCGCCUGCAGCCCCCUCCCCUCGCCUUCCCCGCGGCUCCCUGCGGCCGCUGCUCUGGCCCAGCCCCCACCCCAAGGCGACGAGCGUGGAGCAGCGGCUGGCCGGAGCUAGAGGUGUGAAAUGGAGAAGAGAGAUAGAGCCAGGGCUGGUGCCGCCCUACGGACCUCCGCUUCUCGACCCCAUGGGCUUCCUAUUCCUAGACCUACUCCUGGAUCUCCUCGACCUCCUCCCCCGGUAACCACCGCUGCCCUUCGAGUUCUGGAAGCAUCCGGAGCUGUAGGGCGAAGGCAGGUGGUAGAGCGUGCCUCCAGCGUGGGCAAAGCCGCUCUUCCACUGGCUGCUGCCCGGGGGACUCUGGUGCGCAGCGCUGGGACCGGUGUAGGCCCUCAUAGUUCAGCCUCCAGGCUCCUGUCUGCCGGGAGAGGAGAGAAGGCCUCUACCAAGACCUCCAGUCAGGGCUCUAUUUCCAGUCCCAGGCGAGCUGGCAGCGGAAUCACCAGACCAGGCAUUGUCGACCAGAAGGGACUCCGACCCUUGACUGAGGAACCUGUGGCUAGAGGUAAAGGUCCAGAAGUGCCCAAAAGGAAUCCAAUGAGCUCUGCUGGAACUCGAAGAGAUUCUUCAGUGCCCAUAUCAGGAGCACCUUCCCCUGCCGUUGCCCGUCGGUCCAGGGCUCCAGUUACAGACACCGGACCUCUUCGACCAGCUGCCAGCACCCAGCAGCGACCCCUGACCGAGGCCCCCAGGAAACCAGUGAGCAGUACUACAGAACACAGUAUCCCCGAGUCGAGCCCAGGUGUCAGGAGGCGUCCCACCACUGGCGGCAGCCUGCAGAAGCCCGCAUCGCGUCCCCUGGGCUCCAGUGCUACCCCUUUGCUCUCUCAAGCCCGUUCUGGGGCCUCACCGCGUGGAACAUCCCGGGCUCCUUCGCUUACCUCGCAGCCCAAGUCCAAGGGGCAGCAAGAUCCACGCCCACUCCAGGCCACAGUCCCAAGGAAGAAUGCAGCCUCUGCGCAGAGCCUUUCUCCUCCUCCUUCAGUCUCACCCUCUGCACCUAGGACCACCACACCACAGGCUUCCCCUUCCCAGGUCCCACGGAUUCCCCCGCAGGCCACUCUCCCACCCUCACCACCGGCCACGCCCCCUCCACCUGUCACGCUUCAGCUUCAGGCUCCGCCCUCUUCACAGGCCACGCCCCAUUCGCAGACCAUUAAUUGUCCACCAGCACCUAAGCCGCUUUCUCUGCAGAACCUCCCCUCCCCACCCGCCACACCCCCUUUGCAAGUUCCACCUACAGGCCUGGGUACCCAAGGGGCUUCCGAUUCACCCCUGCCCAUGGGUAUGAUCCCUCCACCGCUUUCACCCCCCGUACCGAAUAUGCCCUUCACCCAGCCUCCCUUGGCCACACCUCCAUCUGCCUCUUUACCUUUACCCACAUGCUCUCUACAAAGUCCACUUUCCCCUCCAAUUUCUUCGCCUAAUCUCCCUUCUCCCUUUGCUUCACCCUCUCCGUCCGCCCUUUCCACUCUGACUACAGCCUCUUCUCUGGCCGGUCUUCCUCUGUCUCCUCCCCUUCUUCAGGCCACGCCCUCGAAAUUAGCCACGCCUCCUUCACAAGACCCUCCUCUUCUGGCCGGUUCUCUGCAGGAUUUUCAUCCAGUUUCUUCUCCCUCCACACCACCGCCUCUGAAGGUUCCUCCUCGUCCCUUGAUCCUGGUAUCCAUACUGGCUUCAUCGCCCCAGCAAGCCACGACUCCUCCUUUAGACUUUUCCCCUAUGGCGGUCCCACUUUCUAUGGACUCCCCACCUCUGCAGGCCUCGCCUACAUCCCCUGUGCAAGCCCAGCCCCUGCCCUCGCCCCCUCUGCAGGCGCCUUCUUCACCUCUUGCUACAUACCCCCCUUUGCCUCUUCUCUCACACCCAGCCUCACCUCCUCUGGAGGGACCGCUUUCUUCCUCCUACUCACCUCCUCAGUCUCCCUUGGCAACGCCCCCUUCACAGGCUCCACUUUCACUGGACUCAUCCCCUCCCUCUCCUCUGACCCCGCCCCCUCCUCAAAACCCAUCUUCUCUCGCCUUCCCCCAUCUUCAGUCCCAGCCCUCCUCCCUAACCACUCCCCCUCUGCAGACUCCGCCCGUCCUCCUGCUCAAAAUUCCUGGACAGGUGCCUGGUGUGGCUUUGCCUCCUGUUAUGACCCUUCCGCCUUCCUUGACCACGCUCCUUCCUCAAGCCCCUCCUGGCUUGGCCUCACCCCCUCUGCAGGCCCCGCCCUCCCCCUUGUCCAUACCACCUCUGCUGGCGCCUGUUCCGGUUUUGCCCUCUCUACAGACCCCUCCCUCUCCUGCGGCCAUGCCCCCUCAGACCCCACCUUCUCUCACCCUCCCUCAUCUUCAGGCCCUGUCCACCUCCCUAACUACUACCCCUCUUCAGGCUCCGCCCUCUCUCUUGGCCAAAAAACCUGUACACCGGCCGGGUGGGGCUUUGCCCCCUCUACAGACCAAGUCCUCUCCCUUGACCAUGCCCCCUCUGCAGGCCCCGCCCAUCCCCUUGGCCUCACCUCCUGUGCAGUUGCCGGUUCUGGCUUUGCCCUCUCUACAGACCCUGCCCUCUCCCUCGAUCACGCCCCCUCCGCAGGCCCCUCCCUGCCUGGCCUCCCCACCUCCGCAGGCCCCUCCCGGCCUGGCCUCAUCCCCUCCGCAGGCCCCUCCCGGCCUGGCCUCGCCCCCUCCGCAGGCCCCUCCCGGCCUGGCCUCGUCCCCUCCGCAGGCUCUUCCUGCUCCUCCUGCCUCACCCUCACUGCUUACCCCACGCCGACCUCCGACCCCGGGUCCAGAUGCCCCCAUCUCAAGUCCACGGCUGACCCUGGCACUGGCCCCUGCCCCGCCACCGCCACCCUCUCGAAGCCCGUCCAGUACGCUGAGCGGUCCGGACCUGGCGGGUCAUAGCAGCAGUGCCACCAGCACGCCAGAGGAGCUGCGAGGCUACGACAGCGGUCCGGAGGGAGGAGCCGCAACCUCCCCGCCUCCGGACGCGGAGCUGGCCGCCUGCCACCCGGCCGCCUGGAGUCGAGGUCCUGCCCCGCCUCUGGUAGUCCGCGGAGCCCCAGGCAUUCCCCUGCCUUGGCCUCCAGCUGCCGGUCCAGGCUCCUCUGACGGCCUGUGCACCAUCUACGAGACUGAAGGACCAGAGUCAGUGACCCCCACCUCUGGAACCCUGGAUGAUCAGGUUCCAGGGCCUGGCACUGGAGGUGGGAAGGUGACUUCUGUGGCAGCUGCUGCCGGAGCGACCUCCAGGAGCCCCAAGUCCGCGCGCCUCGGCGAGCUACCGCUAGGGGCGCUGCAGGCGAGCGUGGUGCAGCACCUGCUGAGUCGGACGCUGCUGCUUGCAGCCGCUGAGGGUACAGCAGGUGGCAGCGAUGGUGGUCCAGGAGGUGCAGGAGGUGGUAGUGUCACAGGGGGAACCCGGGCUCCACUCAGUGAUGCUGAACUGGGCCGCUGGGCCGAAUUGCUGUCUCCUCUGGACGAGUCCCGUGCCAGCAUCACGUCGGUCACCAGCUUCUCCCCUGAUGAUGUGGCCUCUCCACAGGGUGACUGGACUGUGGUGGAAGUGGAGACUUUCCACUGAGACAGACAGCAGCUCUGCCUACCAUACCCAUACUGCUUUAGGAUGUGCCCCUCCAGUUCCUGCCCCCACUCCCUGGGACCUUUAGAGCCCUAGUCUUUGGGGCCAGACUUUAUUCCUAUCUUUGGUUUAGGCUUGGACCAUACCCACACCUUGGCCUAGGAUCUCUCAUUGAGCCCUGCCUCUUUAGGAUAGGCCACGCCUCCUCUGCACUGAGCCCUGCCCUAUUUUGCCUAGGCUAGGCCCAUGUUCAAUUAAUAGUCUACCAACUGCAGCCAGAGUUUGCAGUAAAACUGGGGACAGGGGCUGGAGAGAUGGCUCAGUGACUAAGAGCCCUGGCUGUUAUUACAGAGGACUUAGGUUUGUUUCCCAGCAUCCACACCCAACAGUGGUCAGUAGCUCCAGCUCCAGGGGAUCUAAUGCCCUCUUCUAGCUGCUCCUGGUGUACCUACAUGUAUGCAGGCAAAACACUCAUACACAUAAUAAUGAAAGCAAACCCAACUGGGAUACUCCAGCCAGCAAGGCCUCGCUAUCUCCUUGGGCAUCUUCUGGGAACAGGGGACACACAGGCAGUAGAUUAGCUGGCAGGGCUGGCCCAAACCCUACUCAGCUAUGCAUGAGCAAGUCAGAGUUCCUGAACAGGCGACUUCUCUAAGGAAAAGAAGGGGCUGUGGAUAGAAUGUCUGCUAAGUCCUUCCUGUCCCUUGUUGCACACCUACUCACAUGCAUGAACUUAUGCUUUUUAGGGUCUCACUGCCAAUGGAAAUGUUAGGCUAAGGAGAGCCUGAUGAUGGAUGAGCCAAUUGGUGGCCAAAGUGGGGAAAGCAUGGAGCUCUUCCCAUCCUGGAUAUAGGGGUAUUUGGUAAUCCUUUCUACAGCCCUUCUGCCCAGGGUGUACCCUCCUGAGUAGGGGCCCUGCUUGAGAGUUAGGCCUGGAGGUGGGAACUCUGAGCAGAGCUGGAUGGAGGGGUCCUUGACCUCAUCUGUUACCUAUGUCUGAUAGUAUCAACUUGACAGAAUGUAGAACUCACCUGAGAGACAGGGUUCUGGGCAUGCCUGUGGGAGACUAUCUUGAUUGGGUUGAAAUGGAAAAACCCACCCACUUGGGGGUAACACCAUUCCCUGGGCAAUGUAAAUGUAGGAGAGCUGAGUAGGAGCAUGUGUUCAUAGCUCUCUCUUCCCAAUUGUGGAUGCGAUGUGACCAGCUGCUUCAAGUUUCUGCUGCCUUUCCUAUCAUGAUGUACCUCUGAACUGUGAGCCAGAAUAAACCUUUUCUCCCUUAAGUUGCUUUUUUGUU